AUGAGGCCGCUUACAGAACCCGAGACCAAGACGCUGUUCGAGAAGCUCGCCGGCUACUGCGGAAAGGGCAUCGCAAACCUCAUCGCCGACCCCUCUGGUGGCUCAGACCGCAAUGUCUUCCGUGUGCAGGGCUCAAGAGUCUACUACGUCCGUGAAUCCCUCGCCAACCUCGCCACAUCUGUAGCGCGCGACAACCUGCUCUCGCUCGGCAUCUGCCUCGGAAAAUUCACAAAAACGGGCAAAUUCCGCCUCCAUGUCACUGCCCUCUCCGUUAUCGCCCCGCACGCAAGAUACAAGGUCUGGGUCAAGGCCAACGGCGAGAUGCCCUACCUGUACGGAGGCAAUGUGCUCAAGGCGCAUGUGGGGCGUUGGAGUGAGGACUGCCCAGAACAUCAGGGCGUUAUAGUGCUUAGUAUGAACGACACGCCUCUUGGCUUUGGUGUCAGCGCGCGGUCGACGGCAGAGGCGAGGAAGUUGGACCCCACAGGUGUCGUUACCUUCAGACAGACGGAUAUUGGCGAGUAUCUGAGAGAGGAAGACACUCUCUUUACAACUUGA